AUGUCGAAACUCUGGGAGGUAGACCCCGAGACGAGGAGCAAGCUCCUCCUUGUCCAGAAGACAAAAGGAAAUGAUCGGUGUUGCGAUUGCGGUGCUCCAUCGCCGCAAUGGGCUUCUCCCAAGUUUGGUACCUUCAUCUGUCUCAAUUGCGCGGGAAUACACAGAGGGUUGGGCGUUCACAUAUCCUUCGUUCGAAGCAUAACCAUGGACGCCUUCAAAAAGGCAGAAAUACAACGAAUGGAACUUGGGGGCAAUGAGCCUUGGAAAGAGUUCUUUGACGCCCAUCCUACCACGAUCGCGGAGGGAACUACGUUCGAUGACGCUACAGUGAAGGAAAGAUAUAGUGGUGAUGUUGGCGAGGAGUGGAAAGCCAGAUUGACCGCUCAGGUUGAAGGAAGGGAAUAUGUUCCGGGCGAGGAGAAAAAGAACACGGUUUCUAGAACCAAUACACCUGGCACACCAGGGAUCAGAAACGGAGAUGAGCCCAGGGUGGUAUCACCCAGAAAUACAGAUGGUAUUAAAAGCAAGAAACAAGAAAAUGAAGACUACUUUGCUCGGUUAGGUGAAGAGAACGCGGCCAGAUCGGCCGAUGUGCCACCCUCGCAGGGCGGGAAGUUCACUGGCUUUGGAGGCGGUAUGCCAGCGUCAAGACAAGCCACUCAGCAAGAGAGUAAUAUGCCAGGAAUAAAUGAUUUCCAGAGCGACCCUGUCGCUGCACUAACCAAAGGAUUUGGAUGGUUUACAAGCACUCUUGGAAAUGGUGCGAAAACCGUCAAUGAUUCUUAUAUACAGCCUGCAGCUAAAUCGAUUGCAGAAUCAGACCUCGCCGCUCAAGCCAGAUUAGCUGCAGUGGAGGUAGGUCGGAACAUCCAAACUGGUGCUCGUGGUGCUACAGACUCUUUCAGCCGCUUCGUCGAAGGGCCUGCAAGCGGACCAGGCAACCAAAGCCGAUCGGGUCCUGGAAACAGCCGUUUUGAGCCCGAAAGAAAAGAUUUCUGGGAUGACUUUGCAGCACUUGGAGAAGAAAGAAACCAAAGAGCAAAUGCGAGUACGACCCCGACUAGAUCUGGAGCAAUCGGGACUGCGGCGAUGAAGAAAAGUUCUCCAUCGGCCACGGCUUCAACUACAGCAGCAUCAGCCAAAGGAAAGGGGAAGGAUGAUUGGGAUGACAAUUGGUAA